GGCGCGCGCGGCGGCGGCGCGUUCCGUUCCGGGCCGAGGCUCGCGGCGGAAAAGUUGCGCGGCGGUGAGGAGCGGCCCCGGGACGGGCAGCGAGCGCGACGCCGAGCCGGCUCCUGGCGCCCGCGGCCCCGCCAUGGACGACCUCGGACCUGGAGGAGUCGGGGGCUGCAGGAACUGACCUUCCUUGGAAGUCAGAGACAUCCCGGGCCUUGGAACAAGCUUCUGAUCAGCUGGGUAGGAGCCUGGGACGCCCUGCUGGCAGACUUGGAGUCCACGACCUCCCACAUCUCCAAACGGCCUGUGUUCUUGUCUGAGGAGACCCCCUACUCGUACCCAACAGGAAACCACACAUACCAGGAGAUUGCCGUGCCACCCCCUGUCCCUCCACCCCCGUCCAGCGAGGCCCUCAAUGGCACGGUCCUUGACCCCUUAGACCAGUGGCAGCCCAGCACCUCCCGAUUCAUCCACCAGCAGCCUCCAUCCCCGUCCCCCGUGUACGGCUCCAGUGCUAAAACUUCCAGUGCCCCCAACCCCCAGGACGGCAUCGGCCUUCCGUGUCCCCGAGCCGGCGAGGAAGAGCACGUGUACAGCUUCCCCAACAAGCAGAAGUCGGCUGAGCCUUCACCCACCGUCAUGAGCUCCUCCUUGGGCAGCAACCUUUCUGAACUCGACCGCCUGCUGCUGGAGCUGAACGCCGUGCAGCAUAACCCCCCAGGCUUCCCUGCAGAUGAGGCCAACUCAAGCCCCCCACUGCCUGGGGCUCUGAGCCCCCACUACGGCAUCCCAGAGAAUAACAGCCCGCUGGGUGUCAAAGCUGGGCCACUGACCAAAGAGAAGCCCAAGCGGAACGGAGGCCGGGGCCUGGAGGACGUGCGGCCCAGCGUGGAGAGUCUCUUGGAUGAGCUGGAGAGCUCUGUGCCCAGCCCCGUCCCCGCCAUCACUGUGAACCAGGGCGAGAUGAGCAGCCCCCAGCGAGUCACCUCCAGCCAGCAGCAGACACGCAUCUCCGCCUCUUCUGCCACCAGGGAGCUGGACGAGCUGAUGGCCUCGCUGUCGGAUUUUAAGACCAGCUCCUCUGCUGUGGCCUUGAGCUCCCCAAGGCUGCUGCCCAACUCAGCUCCAUCCCCACACCACAUACUUUCUCCUCCUCCUCCUCCUCCUCCUGGGCCCUCUGUAUUGCUGCCACCCCCUAGGAAACCCUCCCCUCGAGGCCACGGCCACACCCUGGAGGUCCUCUGCACUGAGGACAAUGUGGCCCCCAGCUGGCUUGAUUUGGCUGGCCUUGGGGAGAUGCCUGACACCCCCAACUCAAGGUCUCCCUCCACGGAGAGUUCUUUGGGGCCACUGGGUGCAGAGAGCCAGGCUCGCGUUUGGAGGGACCCACCAAACGCGAGCCUGGUGAGUGAGCUCUCCAGGGUGCCUCCCGGCCACACUCUACCCCACGCUGGGUGCACAGGUCCCCAGGAGGCUGGGGAACCCCAAGUGCUGUCGGCCAACCCUUUGUGCCCGGGAGAGGCCGUGGCUGCCACAUGGGAGUGGCCGUGGGCUCUGGAGGCACUUAGGCCUGAGUUCCCCCGGGGAGCUAUGCCCAGCUUCCAGGAAGUAAUCGAGCCAGCCGCCAUGGCUGUGGACCGUCAGGCUAUCUUCCCGGAUACCUGGAGUCUCACGAAGGCACGUGGACAGCAGAAGGAGAGGGCAAGGCCAGAGCCAGGGGAGCCAGAGAGCAGAUGCCCUGCCCCAGUUGAGGAGGAGCAGUUAGGUGGAGAGACGCCCACGGUGGGCAGCCUGGUCAGGCCAGCCCAGGGGCCCGAGACCCCCAGGAGGCCAGAGGGCACCACCGAAGCCGCUGCAGAGGCCAGGAGGGAACGGCCAGAACUUCCACAGGCUGUGGUCGUGGACACACCCAACACCACGGAGAGGAUUUCCACCUCUGGCCAGGCAGGCAUCCGCUCCAUGAUCAGGAGGAGCCGGGAGACCGGCCACGCUCACCCCAUGUCCCGGGAGCCCUCCCCUCGUCGCCGGCUGGACCCCGCCACCCUGAGCAGGACCCCGUCCCAGGAGCGGCUCAUCGCGGAGCUGCAGGGUCGGCUGGGCAUCCAGCCGGAGGUGGAGGAGGCCGAGGGGGCCACGGGGGCCUCUGCCGAGGACUGGCUGACCGAGGGCAUCGUCAUCACUGUGCAGCCGUGUGGGAGGCGGGCUAGGGGGCAGCUGGUAGAGAAGGUUGUCUUCCCUCCUGGCUCUCCCAUUCCCCUGAGAAGAACCUUCUCUGUUCUGCCUUCUCCUCCUCCUCCCAGCCCUUUGCUCCAGCAUCGCAAAGACGCCUCGGCCAGCAGCUCUUCUCCCCGGCCCAGCCCGCCCACCUCCUCCACCCUGGGGCCCUCGGCUCUUCCUCGAGGUCCCCUCGGGGUCCAGAGUGCUGGGGCGGGGCCACGGGAAGACGGUGUGCAGGGCCCCACCCCGCCCACUCCUGCGCCCCACUCUGUGAGGUCCAUGGGCUGCCAGACCGACGAGGACCCACUCUUCCCCCCGAUGCAGAUCCAGGGCCUGGAACAAAGAGCGGACGGAGAGCUGUGCUGGGCGGCCGGCUGGCCUCCGAACGGCAGCCAGAGCAGCCCUGAAGGGCAGGACGAGGGAGGGUUCAUGGCCCAGGGGAAGACAGGGAGCAGCUCUCCCCCGGGAGGGCCCCCAAAGCCUGGGAGCCAGCUUGACAGCAUGCUGGGGAGCCUGCAGUCUGACCUGAACAAACUGGGGGUCGCCACGGUCGCCAAGGGGGUCUGCGGGGCCUGCAAGAAACCCAUCGCGGGGCAGGUCGUGACCGCCAUGGGGAAGACGUGGCACCCAGAGCACUUCGUCUGCACCCACUGCCAGGAGGAGAUCGGAUCCCGGAACUUCUUUGAGCGGGAUGGACAGCCCUACUGUGAAAAGGACUAUCACAACCUCUUCUCUCCGCGCUGCUACUACUGCAACGGGCCCAUCCUGGAUAAAGUGGUGACAGCCCUUGACCGGACGUGGCACCCCGAGCACUUCUUCUGUGCCCAGUGUGGAGCCUUCUUUGGGCCUGAAGGGUUCCACGAGAAAGACGGCAAGGCCUACUGCCGGAAGGAUUACUUUGACAUGUUCGCCCCCAAGUGUGGCGGCUGCGCCCGAGCCAUCCUGGAGAACUACAUCUCGGCCCUCAACACCCUGUGGCAUCCUGAGUGCUUUGUGUGUCGGGAAUGCUUCACACCAUUUGUCAAUGGCAGCUUCUUCGAGCACGACGGGCAGCCCUACUGUGAGGUGCACUACCACGAGCGGCGGGGCUCGCUGUGCUCCGGCUGCCAGAAGCCCAUCACCGGCCGCUGCAUCACUGCCAUGGCCAAGAAGUUCCACCCGGAGCACUUUGUCUGUGCCUUCUGCCUCAAGCAGCUCAACAAGGGCACCUUCAAGGAGCAGAACGACAAGCCUUACUGUCAGAACUGCUUCGUCAAGCUCUUCUGCUAGGCCCGCUCAUCCCUUCCUCUGCCCCGCUUCCCGGCCCAGCCUCCCAACUGCUACUGUGACCCAGAGGCCUCGCCCAGGGGUGAAGGGGCAAACCCGACUGAAACUGGAACCACGUCCUUGGCUGGUGCAGGAUGGCAAGAGGGUCCUGAGGGGUCCUGCCUGCUUUUCUUACCCACUGCCAGAGCCUCUGGGCCUCCUUCCUCCUCCUGCAGCUCUCCCCAGGCUGCCAGCUCUUCACCCUCCCCAGAGGCAGAGGCUGGAGGGCGGCACCUGUGUCCCCACGAACCCGCCUGGCCAGGCCAGCACCCCACACUGGAGCCAUCUCUCACUCAUAUUUCGGCAGUGGAGCUGGGGGUGGGGGUGGGGAGGGCAGGCAGGGUCACAUGGGGGCCUCUUUUCGUCCUUAUCCUCCCCCCACAACCUAAUGAUCCUUGUUUCGAGAGUAUUGGGGGACAGCAGCUCCCUCCAGACAAUGCCAGCGUCCACCCAUCCAUCCAUCCAAGGGCGGAAGUGUCCAAGUGGCCACGGAAGUUUCCUUGUGCGCCUCCUGCCCUUCCAGUCUCCCCAGGCCUGGGCAGCUGCCCCCCGACCUCUGUAACUGCUCUGGUUCUACUGAGAAAGGCCUCUCCAGCAAUAAUGUUUUAUAGUCACUUCCUCCUUCUCCGGGGAUGGUGUGAGGUGGGGUUUCACCCCGUGCCUGGACACUGUACCAACUUUGAUAGAUUUCUACACUGAGGUUUGAAUUCAUAUCGUCUGAGUUGCUUUUACUUCUCUAUACAAAAAUGAUUUUGAAGAGAUUUUAAAGACGUCUCCUUUUGUACCUUUCCCCCGUGUGCACUGCCACUGUCCUGUGUAUGCCACGGUGGCUCUGGUAUAUGGGGUUUGCCUUGUACUGAGGGCUUGGAGGGAGGGAAGCAUUUGUAUUUUAUUUUUUCUUAGCACAAGCAGGUGAACUGGGAGCAGCUCUGUGACUCCCCUUCUCUAACUUCACAGCUCUUCACAAGGACUGUUUUAUAAACUGCUGUAUUUUGAAACCCCUUCCUUACUAUCCAGGCCAGCAAGCUUUUCACUGAAACCGGCCUUAAGGGUGUCUUGCCCUUUGGGGCCUAGAAUUCCGAACCUCAUCCGUCCUGUUCCUGAGGGAGGAGAAGGGGGAAGUACACUUUGUGGGUGCUGUUUCCUAAGUAAGCCAUUAGAAGUGUCCACUCCCCUGUGAACUUUCUGGCAACAAAGAGAACAUUCUUGGCCUUCUCACUGCUUCUCUGGGGCUUGCUCUUCUGCCUCCUCAGGAAAGCUGGUAUCUGAUUUUGACCAUUAGUCUUGUUGAUGCCACUGGGUGCAUCCCUUCCCCAAAUUUCCUGCCCUCCCUGGAGACUGGUGUCCUGGGGAAAAGAGCCCAGGUCGUUGGCUGGGGGCCUGCUAGGAUUCUGGGCAAAAGGACAAGAUCUCGCUGAAGCAACAGGAAGCCCCCAGAGUGCUCUCCCCCAAGGAUGAGACAGGUAGUGCUGGGGUUCUGGGUUAGUGGAACGGGGUCCCAGUGCGGUCUAAAGUGAGGAAGAGCCAGACCACUCCGCUAGCCUCCUAGCAGAGGCUGGGUGUGCUGAGCCUCUCAAGGAGGCUUCCCAAGGAGGGAAGAGAGUCCCUCCUUGGUGGCAGGGCUGAGAGCAGCCCGGGUCUGGGGAGGUCAGCCAGGCCCCGCCACGGGUCUAAUGUCUCCACGUCUACCCACAGGCCUUAUUGCUCUGUUUACAGUGACCCUUCCCCUAGAGGACCUGGGGUUUCAGAGGUCCACCCUCUGGGUCAAUGGUUAUUUGAUGAUUUUAAUUUUUUUUCUCUGUAAACUUAUAACCUGGCUUUUCCCCAUUUCAAUUCCUGUGAUUUAUGCCAAUAAAGUUUGCCAUUAUUUUCACCUG